GACAGUGGUGUUAAAUCGUUUACCUCAGCAGGGAAACAUUGCUGUAGCAGUAGACUGAUUGUGGUGUUAAAUAGGCAAUUUCUUGAGACCAAUAUUCUUCACAUCUAGCAAAGCCAGCCAUUUUAUACCACAACAAAACGAUCUGCUUAAAAGAAUCAUGAGAUUUCUGAGGGAUUGCAUUUCCGUACUUCUGUUUUGCUCCACUUUGCUUCUGAUUGUAGAAGUAGCCACCCCUAUUGACACCAUUAACACAACCCUGUCAAUUCGAGAUGGAGACACCAUAGUCUCGGCUGGUGGCACCUAUGAAUUAGGAUUUUUCAGCCCCGGAAAAUCCACAAACCGAUACUUGGGGAUAUGGUAUGGCAAAAUAUCAGUCCAGACAGCAGUGUGGGUUGCCAACAGAGAAUCUCCACUUAACGAUUCAUCAGGUGUUGUAAGGCUUACCAACCAAGGACUUCUUGUCCUUUUCAAUCGCAGUGGAAGCAUCAUUUGGUCAUCCAACACAUCAACACCUGCCAGGAAUCCAGUUGCACAGCUUUUGGAUUCGGGAAACCUUGUUGUGAAAGAGGAGGGUGAUAAUAACGUGGAAAACUCCCUGUGGCAGAGUUUUGAACAUCCAGGUAAUACAUUAAUACCGGGCAUGAAGAUAGGACGGAAUAGAGUCACAGGCAUGGACUGGAGCUUGGCAGCUUGGAAGUCACAAGAUGAUCCUUCUAGAGGUAACAUUACAGGUAUCCUUGUUCCUUAUGGAUAUCCUGAGUUAGUAGAGCUGGAAGAUUCGAAAGUAAAGUAUCGAUCUGGGCCAUGGAAUGGUCUGGGGUUCAGUGGUAUGCCUCCAUUAAAACCAAAUCCAAUAUACACAUAUGAAUUUGUUUUUAAUGAGAAGGAGAUAUUUUACAGAGAACAGCUUGUUAAUAGUUCAAUGCAUUGGAGGAUCGUUUUGGCUCAGAAUGGUGAUAUCCAACAACUUUUGUGGAUUGAGAAAACCCAGAGCUGGUUUCUUUACGAAACAGAAAACAUCAAUAAUUGUGCGCGUUAUAAACUAUGUGGUGCAAAUGGCAUCUGUAGAAUUAACAACUCUCCAGUGUGUGAUUGCUUAAAUGGAUUUGUACCUACAGUUCCGAGAGACUGGGAGAGGACAGAUUGGUCAAGUGGCUGCAUCAGAAAGACUGCACUGAACUGUUCAGGAGAUGGGUUUCGAAAAGUCUCAGGUGUGAAGUUGCCGGAGACAAGGCAAUCAUGGUUUAACAAGAGUAUGAGCCUGGAGGAGUGCAGGAACACGUGUUUGAAGAACUGCAGCUGUACUGCGUAUGCAAACAUGGACGUCAGGAAUGGAGGAAGUGGGUGUUUGCUUUGGUUCAAUGAUCUGAUCGAUAUUUUGUUUCAAGAUGAGAAAGACACCAUUUUUAUACGGAUGGCUGCAUCAGAACUAGGUAAUGGUGAUAGUGCAAAGGUUAAUACGAAAUCCAAUGCAAAGAAAAGGAUCGUGGUAAGCAUUGUGUUGUCCACAGGACUUGUGUUCCUUGGACUAGUCUUGGUCUUGGUCUUGCAUGUUUGGAGAAAGCAGCAGCAGAAAAAACGUAAUUUGCCAAGCGGAUCGAAUAACAACGAUAUGAAAGAAGAGCUAGAAUUACCCUUCUUUACCAUGGAUGAGUUGGCUUCUGCAACAAAUAACUUUUCUGAUGCCAAUAAACUAGGAGAAGGUGGUUUCGGACCUGUUUAUAAGGGAACCCUUGCAGAUGGACGAGAAAUAGCUGUGAAGAGGCUCUCUAAGAAUUCAAGACAAGGACUAGACGAAUUCAAAAAUGAAGUUAAACAUAUCGUGAAACUUCAGCAUCGGAAUCUAGUGAGGCUUCUUGGAUGCUGCAUUGAAAGAGAUGAAAAGAUGUUGGUCUACGAGUUUUUGCCUAACAAAAGCUUGGACUUCUAUAUUUUUGAUGAAACUCAUAGCUUGCUACUAGAUUGGCCUAAGCGCUACAACAUCAUCAAUGGGAUUGCUCGUGGACUCCUUUAUCUUCACCAAGAUUCGAGACUAAGAAUAAUCCACAGAGAUCUGAAAACCAGCAAUAUUUUGUUGGAUUAUGAAAUGAAUCCAAAAAUCUCAGACUUUGGCCUGGCUAGAAGUUUUGGAGAAAAUGAAACUGAAGCCAGUACUAAUAAAGUGGCUGGAACGUAUGGUUACAUAUCUCCAGAGUAUGCAAAUUAUGGACUCUACUCGCUAAAAUCAGACGUCUUCAGCUUUGGCGUAUUGGUGCUAGAGAUAGUGAGUGGCUGUAGGAACAGAGGAUUCAGUCACCCAGAUCACCACCUCAACCUUAUCGGGCAUGCUUGGAUACUGUUCAAACAAGGCAGGUCUCUAGAACUGGUUGGGGAAUCAAAAGUUGAAACACCUUAUUUAUCUGAAGUACUACGUUCGAUUCAUGUGGGGCUAUUGUGUGUGCAAGAAAAUACAGAAGAUAGGCCAAACAUGUCAUAUGUGAUUUUGAUGUUGGGUAACGAAGAUGAACUGCCUCAGCCUAAACAACCAGGAUUCUUCACUGAAAGGGAUCUUAUCGAAGCAUGUUAUUCAUCAAGCCAGUGCAAACCACCUUCAGCUAACGAGUGCUCGAUUUCAUUGCUGGAGGCAAGAUAGAGUGCUUGUGUUUUUGUUUUGUGUGUUCUUGAUGGUUGUGAAUCUGCCAUAAAACUUCUACUGUAUGCCUGCUGCAAUAAGGUUAUGAAUCUACCAUGCAUGCUUAAUUUCUAUGUGAUUUAGUAACUUUUUUUUUGUGAUUUAGUAACUUGUUUUUUAGUGAUUCAAGGCACUCGAUUGUUCUAGUGCGUGCUGAGGAGUUGAAAUAACAAACAAACACUACUAGUUGCAGAAAUAAAGGCUACUAAAUUUAAAUUA